UCAGGCGUUACGUUACGUUUGCCGCCAUGUCGUCCAAGAAGAAGCCGGACGGCGACGAGCGCUUCCUCCGGGUGCAGAAGGACCCCCGGUUCUGGGAGAUGCCCGAGAGGGACCGCAAGAUCCAGAUCGACAAGCGGUUCCAGUCCAUGUUCCACGACAAGCGCUUCAAGGAGAAGUACACGGUGGACAAGCGAGGCCGACCCAUCAACCAGACCUCCACCGAGGACCUGAAGCGCUUCUACAAGCUCUCGGACUCCGAGGACGAGGAAGACGAGGGGGACUCAAAGAGGAAGCAGGCGGCGGAGGGCAAGAAGAAGAAAAGAGUGAAGGAGAAGCUGGUGAAGGCGGAGGAAGAGGGGAAGAAAGGGAACGCAGUGCUGAGAGAAGACGGGAAAGGAGAGCAGCUGGAAGGAGUUGUGAAGGGAGAUGACGAGGAGCAGCAAACUGCUGAGGGAGACGAUGUUGACCUGGGAGACAGUGGGGAGGAUGAAGAUGAUGAUGAUGAAGAUGGUGAUGAUGAUGAAGAUGCAGAAGACGAGAGCGACAUGGCGAGCGGAUCCGGUGCGGAGGAGUCCGGUCUGGAUUCGGAGGAGGACAGCGACAGCGAGCCAGACCUGGCCCGAGGGAAGGGAAACGUGGAGACGAGCUCGGAUGAAGACGAGGACGAGGACGUGGACGCCAUCCUGAGGAAGGAGGAAGAGGAGAUCGAACACGACUGGGGGGAGCUGGCCAAAGACGCUCCGCGCAGCGACCAGGUUUCUACCCGACUGGCCGUCUGCAACAUGGACUGGGACCGGAUGAAAGCCAAAGACCUGCUGGCCCUGUUCAACUCCUUCGUACCUAAAGGCGGAGCUGUGCUGUCUGUGAAGAUCUACCCGUCGGAGUUUGGGAAGGAGAGGCUGAAGGCGGAGCAGACCAAU